GAAAUACCAUUAUCAAUACUUCUGACAUGUGGUGUUCGAGAAUCCAUUCUACAAUUGCAAUACAAUAUGCACAUCAUUCUAAUGUUUGUCACAUGAUGUAUUUUAGGCAAACUUACUUGUACAAUAGUUUAGAUAGUUCAGCUGUCCAUCCAUCGUAAAAUUUUAUAUCUACCUUGCCGAAAUCCCUAAAAUAAAAAUCAUUUAAUAUAUAAUCAAAAUGGAAUUCCUGAACAAAAACAUGGUAGCCGCAGUAGGUGCGUGUAUCUUCCAAGUGUAUUGAAUGUAUUAAAUACGACCAAAUAAAAUAACAUUUUUAAUGACAGUAAUUCGCUCGCAGUAAAGAGUUCCACGGAUUUUCUCGCAUCCACGCAUAUUAACUAAUUUAUGAAGGAAUAAUCUGAAAGCCACUUAUCAGCAUAAUAUUGUACGUAAAUUCAUGUUUAUUAUAAAACGAACAAGUGUAAGAAGAUUCGAUUGAACCGAUAAACGGCUCGUAUAAAUACGAAUUUACAUUAUUCCGGCUCAGUCUGAAUACCAACCGUGAAGGAGUAUCAGUCGACGUUGAACGUUCUCUGUGUUAUCGUCUCACAAUGUACUCGAAAUUCUUUUGUAUCGUUUUACUCUGUGUGGCGUACGGUGAAAAAGCUUUUGUUCUUGGAUUAUUAGAUGCUGAGGGAAUCAUUGGUUCUCUUGGAGAUAUUGAUCAUGAGAUAGAAGAUCACAGUCUAACUGCAAAGUAUGAUAAUUUAGAUAGACACAACGUCGUAGCUGAAAUUGAAAUAUGCGGAGGACGCUUUAAUACCUUGAAGCAUACUUCUGCAUUCGUGCUGAACUUGAGCAAAAAUCAAGCAAAACAUUGCACGUGGAUGGUUGAAGCUCCAGCGAAUAAGCGCGUUGCUGUUUUUAAUAUCCAAAAUGUGUUAACCUUUGAUGACGAUGAUGAUUCGAAGGGCAAAGAGCAUGAAAAAGCCUUCGAUGACGCACUUAAUUUGAGUGUAUACGAUGGUGACAAAGUCAAUGCUUCCAAACUCUUGUUCAGUAUCAACGAUUGUGAACUACACGCUGUUUCCAGCGAAAGAAAAUUGACUAUUGACGUUGAUUAUAAGAAGUCUUCAGUAUAUAACUCAAGAGAGAUUUUUGUGCGUUUUGGAUUCAUAUAGACUGAUGCAAAUUUUUUUGAGAGUUUCAUUUUGACCAGUGAUAUUUUUUUACUUACGAAGUUUUUGAUAUAAUUUAAUUUUUGUAAUAAGAUAUAAAAAUAAAACAUAUUUAACCACUUGCAA